UCUAUACAAUCAUGGUAUUUGAGAAGAGCGGCUUCGAAGAGGAAUAGUCUUACAAACAAGAGUCAUAGUUUCAUUCACCGACUUGUUUUUCAUUCAGAAGUCUCCAAGAUCAUACUCUUCUGGUCUGUGAUCAGUUUUCUAUUGAACUACUUAGAAACUUAUGAUGAUUUGAUGUUUAUUGCCAAAAGAUUAGGAAGGGUCUCUUGUGCGUGUCUCCCAAGCUUAUUAUUCCUCACACUAAGGCCAUCUCCGUUACCCAAAACAUUGUACUUGUCCUUAUUGCCAAUUCAUAAAUGGUUAUCACGUAUAGUUGUUUUGGAAGGUGCUAUUCAUACAAUACUUUACCUGAUUUAUUUUGUUCGUGAAAACACAAUGUUUAAAACCAAAAAGGCAACAAAUAUUUGGGGUAUAGUUGCUAUGAUUGCAUUCACUUUAAUAGCCAUAACAUCGUUACCACAAGUUAGAAGAAUCAGUUUUAAUACUUUUUACAUCACUCAUUACAUUAUGACUUGGGUUUCCGUUAUAGCUGUUCAUUUCCAUGCCAAACCAGGAAUUGGACUCUACACAAUCUUAAACAUCUCCAUAUUAAUAGCACAGAUUGGCUAUAGAUUUUACUAUUCCAAGAAGACCAAGAUAUCAGUUAUUCCAAUAUCACCAACAUUAUCGUUAGUGGAGUUUCCAUUGUCAUCAAUUCCAAAGCAAUCCAAUCUGCCAGGCUCUCAUGUUCGGAUCAAUAACAAGAAUGGGAUGUUAAAGGAUAUUUACUACAAACUAAUUCCAUUAGCUCAUCCAUAUACUGUUGCCUCAUUACCAAAUGAUCCAACUGUCAAGUUGAUUAUUCGUCGAGGUAAUUUCCCUUUGCGUUCCAAUCAAGAUUAUUACAUCACAGGUGCUUUCGAACCAAAACUUGAUUUCAUAAGAGAACAAUCAUUAUUCCACAAAUUGUUUGAACCAAGAAGAUUGUUAUUAACUACAUCACCUUUGAAAUAUUCUAUUGAUGCACACCGUGUUAUGAUUGUUGUUGGGGGAUCAGGAAUAUCAUUUGGUAUUCCAUUACUGAGAAUCUUGAAUUACAAUGGUAUCAGUGCAAGAUUGAUGUGGGUUUGUAAAGAUAUCAAGGAUUUGAAUCUUUUGAAUCAUUUUAGAGGUGUUCAAGGGAUCGAAUGUUAUAUCACUGGUGACGUUGAUGAAAAUGAUAUUGUUAUUGAUUACUAUGAAGAUGAUAAAGAUCAUCGUAAUAAAGUUCUACCAGUACAACCACCAGAUUAUGGAUCUACAAUUGAAGAAGAGGAUGAAAUUGACUUUACAACUCUCGGGAGAUCCUACAAAGAGGCACACCGUAAAGGUUCUAGUUCAGGGUCUACAUCUUCAGAUUCUUUCAAAGAUCAUGAAAACGUUAAUAUUGAUAUUUCAAAUACAUGUGGUUAUAAUGUCAAUAACCCACUUUCAAGCACUUCAGUUGAAACAAAUUCAUCAUCUCAACUUCACCAAUUACCCCAUGAAUUAAUUUCACCUGAUGCUUUCAAAAAUAUCAAGAUUUCCAAAAAUGUCAAAAUUUUCUAUGGGCGUCCAAACUUAGGAGCAGAUCAUUAUGAUUGGUGUUUACAAUCUCAAUGUGUUGGUCCUACAAUGCGUCAAGGUCAUAGUGUCUGUUGUAGAGAUUUAGGAGAGCAUGAUGUGGAUAAAUCCAAGAUUUGGGUUGUGGCUGCUGGACCAACAGGAUUGGUGGAUCACGCUAAACAAUGGGCUAUUGAUGGUGGAUUGAGAUACCAUAUAGAAAGUUUUUCU